GCGGUCGUUCCAGGCGACACGAAAGACACGAGCAGUGCUUCGUUCAAGUGCCCCCUCUGCGGAGGAGUCUUCGUCACCGCCGAGUACCUCAAGGAGCACCGCAGGACCAAGCACCUGCACAAGGGAGGCACCCACCUGUGCCGCUUCUGCGACUACACCAGCGACGUCCCCACUUAUGUCGAGGUGCACGAGAGGUGUCACACCGGGGAAAGACCGUACGUGUGCAAGAUUUGCUCCAAGGGGUUCAUACGGGAGGCCAACAUGGACAUCCACGUAAAGACGGUCCACGGGAGGGAAAGGACGUACGAAUGCUCCCCCUGCGGUCGUACCUUCAAGCUGAGGCACCAGUUACGGAAACACGAGAAGGUGCACUCCAACGACAGGCCGUACGUCUGCGAGCUCUGCGGGAAGGGGUUCAAGGUGAAGCACAACCUCCGCACCCACCACCGCACCCACACGGGCGAGAGGCCGUAUCCCUGCACGGAUUGUGGGAGCAGUUUCGCCGACCAGAGCACUCUGAGACAGCACGUGCUCUAUGUGCACACCAGGAACUUUCCGCACAAGUGCGUUUGCUGCGCGAGGGGUUUUGCUAAACGGAGUGAACUGGAGAGACACCUCCUGCGGAACCCUGACCACGGUAGGGUGCAGACGGUGUUCCUGUGUGUUGCUAAGCCGUGAAAGCAGAAUUAGGGAAUUUGGGAUGAACUACAAGGAAAAGGGAACCAAAUGGCAGGCCCUACGUCUGUUAACUUUGUGAAGCGGGGCUGAAGGUUGCGCACGACCACCGCACCUACCACCGCAGCCACGCUGGUAGCGCCCUCUACAUCUUGUGGGAACAGUUUUGCCAACCAGAGCACUAUCAGACAGCACGUGCUGUAUGUGCACACCAGGAACUUUCCGCAUAAGUGCGUUUGCUGCGCUAGGGGGUUUGCUAAACGGAGUGAACUGGAGAGACACCUCCUACGGAACCCUGACCACGGUAGGGUGCAGACGGUGUUCCUGUGUGUUGCUAAGCCGUGAAAGCAGAAUUAGGGAAUUUGGGAUGAACUACAAGGAAAAGGGAACCAAAUGGCAGGCCCUACGUCUGCUAACUCUGUGAAGCGGGGCUGAAGGUCGCGCACGACCACCGCACCUACCGCCGCAGCCACGUUGGUGGCGCCCUCUACAUCUUAUGGGAACAGUUUUGCCAACCAGAGUACUCCGUGACAUCAUGCAUCGCACGUAUGGACUAGGGAUGUUUCGUAUACGUGCUCUUGCUGUGUGAGAAAGUUUAGUCAGUGGCCUGUGCCUGGGGUACACCUUGUACUAUAGAGCCUCAAGUUUCUGGGAAAUAUUUUUUCCCAAUUUGGGGUGUAAAAAUUGGGGAAAACUGUACUGGUUUUGCACGAACGGUAGUGUGAUUGCGUUUGCUGCCAAACAAGCUAGUGUGCAUUCCUACUGACGUUUCAGUGAGGGAAAUUCACCAGCGAAAAAAUCGGGUUUCACCCCCGAAGAGGCAGCCUUCAGUUCGGGGUGCAAAAUCGGGGGAGAAACUGGUUAAUCCCUAAAACUUGAGGCUCUACUUAUACAGAACAUGGGGCACUGUGGUAGGGACAGAGUCCCGGACCAUGGACCGGUGAUUUGCAAAAGAGAGGGAAGACAAUUGGGAGGCUAAAACAGCAACGUCAGCAGUU